GGAGGAGCCUGGGGUUUGGGCCAAGUCCCACAUUCACAGGCAAAAAACUGCAGGGAGAAGGGAGCAGAAAGACAGAGGAAAAACGGAGUGGGGAAGAGAGGAAAAGGAAAGCAAGGAAAAGAGGAUAGCUACCUUGGGAAAGGAGUGAAAGAAAGGAGAAGGAGGAAGAGGAAAGUGAGAGGCAGAAACAGUCCUGGGUCAAAAAACAAGACCAAGGAGUAGGCAGGCUAGGAAAUGGCAUUGCUUCUGUGGCUGGGGUCCCAGCUGUCGACCUACUGGAAUGGCAUCUCCAUCCUGGGAAUUUUUCUUACAGUCUUCACUUUGCUUUUUGAUUUCAUGAAGCGCAGGAAGAAGUGGAACCACUACCCCCCGGGCCCAACCUCCCUGCCCUUCAUUGGGACCAUGCUGCACAUUGAUUUCCGCAACCCGCACCUCUCCUUCAACCAGCUUCGUAAGAAGUUUGGAAACGUCUUUCAUCUCCAGAACUGCUGGACCAACGUGGUAGUGCUGAACGGGUAUAAAACAGUGAAGGAAGCUCUGGUCCACAGAUCGGAGGAUUUUGCUGACAGGCCAUACACUCCAGUAUAUGAGCAUUUGGGCUAUGGAAGUAAAUCUGAAGGGAUUGCUAUUGCAAGAUAUGGGCAUGUCUGGAAGGAGCUAAGGAAAUUCACACUCUCUACCUUGAGGAACUUUGGGAUGGGAAAGAAAUCCUUGGAGAAACGAGUGACCGAGGAAGCAGGAUUUCUUUGCUCUGCAGUCGGUUCUGAAGAAGGUCGUCCUUUUGAUCCGCGUUUUCUUGUAAAUAACGCAGUCUGCAAUGUGAUCUGCACCACCAUCUAUGGAGAGCGUUUUGACUACGGUGACAAGACAUUCAAGCGGCUGCUACAUUUGUUUGAAAAAUUCCUGAAUGAAGAAACUGGAUUCCUGCCUCAGCUUCUUAACGUGGUGCCUAUUUUGUUGCGCAUCCCUGGAGUGCCACAAAAAGUCUUUCGAGGGCAAAAGGAGUUCAUGGACUUCAUAGACGUUCUUGUACAUAAGCACAUGGAGAGCUGGAACCCUGCUCAUAUCCGAGAUUUCACUGAUGCAUUUUUAAAGGAAAUGCAGAAGGGUAAGGUGGCUGAAGAGAACGGUUUCAAUUAUAACAACCUUCGUCUGGUGACAGCAGACUUGUUUGGAGCUGGUUCUGAGACCACCUCCACCACCCUCCGGUGGGCAUUUCUGUACAUGCUUCUCCAUCCAGAAAUACAGAAUAAAGUCCAAGCAGAAAUUGAUAAAGUGAUUGGCAGAGAGAGAUCACCCACAAUGGAGGACCAAGUGAACAUGCCCUACACCAAUGCUGUGAUCCAUGAAGUACAACGUUACGGGGAUGUCAUUCCUCUUGGACUGCCUCAUAUGACAUACCGGGACAUCGAGUUUCAAGGUUUCUUCAUUCCCAAGGGGACGACAGUCAUCACCAACUUGACUUCCGUGCUAAAGGACGAGGCAGUCUGGGAGAAGCCAAACCAGUUUUACCCAGAACACUUCCUGGAUGUGAACGGGCAGUUCGUGAAACGAGAGGCCUUCAUGCCUUUCUCAGCAGGUCGCCGCGUUUGCCUGGGAGAACAGUUGGCAAGGAUGGAGCUCUUUAUUUUCUUUACCACUCUCCUGCAGAAAUUCACCUUUGUACUCCCAGAGGAUCAGCCUAGGCCACGGGAGGACGGUUACUUUGCCUUCUCACGCUCCCCAUACCCCUACCUACUUCGAGCUGUCCCAAGAUAAGUGCACAUUGCUCUCCUUGCACCCAAAGAGAGUGCUGUAGUUUGGCUGGGCUUCGUCAUUGGCUGCAGAAACAGAGCUCACCGAGCACAUGGCUAAUGAAAGAAUAUUACUCCUGAAUUACUGUUUACUGAACUACAAGGAUAUCCCAGGUAAAAGACAACCCCUAGAUCUUGCUCAUUUUAGGAGAAAAAAAGUUGAAGAAAACUGUGAGAUACUCUGGUCCCACUCCCUUCUUUGUCUGCCCCACUGCACACACAGCCACUCUUGGUCUCCCAUGCUGUGCAGGCCAGGGCAGUGUGUAUCUCUGCAUGUCCUUCCUCCUGGUGCCUAGGGGAGUCCAGCUCUGGCUUAGUUCCUGCAGAAACAGUUCACUCACUGCCAGUCAUCUGAUUUGGCAUGUGCUGUCUGUGGGCAGGGCAAGAGCUUCAGCUCUUCUCACAAGGUGACAUUUAAAUACAAGGCAACACGUGCUUUCAGGAUGGUGCUCCUGAAAAAGAUUACCAUUUGAUAAAUAUAUAACCCCUUCAUUACUUCCUGUUAUGGCAUACUCUGCCUUCAUUUACAGCCUCCAAAAAAGUAAAUUUUAUUCCAGAGAAAUGCCUGACAACCACUAUAUUAUACAAAGUCUCUGAUAGGAGUAAAUACAAAGAAAGUGUCCAUAAAUAAUCAAUAUUAUGUUUUAGCCAUAGAAGCAGGUAAUUUGUGAAAUAAUAUUGGAUUUUCUACAAAUAUUUUUAAAGAGGAAUCCUCCUGUUUUGAUUUACUAUCUCUUAUCUAAUUAGUUCCUGAAAACUGCUUUUUUUCAGUGUCACAUAAAGUGAGCUCUUCGGCAGCAACUUUGGGACGCACAAAGGGAUGGGGAUAUGCUGCUGCUUGAAAUAGCACGGCUGUAGAUUUUAGAAGUAGCUUUCUCAUUCUUCCUGCAGUAUUUCUGACAAAAUGUCUUGCAAGGUGUUAGGGAGAUCAGACAUGUUGAUGUUUAGAUUAGCAGGAAUUAAAUUUUAACCAUGGGACUGAAAAGACUGCAGCACAGAGGAGCUCAUAGGCACCAUCACAACUAAAAGAAAAUCUCAAAUACUGAGUGCAUGUAUGUGCACACUCCCAUAUAUCUUUCUAAUAGUAAACGUUAGAUGCUAUGAAGGCUAUUGAAUUAUGCAAAUACUUGUUAGUAACUUUUGGUGUGAUUUUAACUUCAGCAGCAAUUGCACAUUUAUGCUUUUCAUCCACAAAAUAAUCCAAAAGAAUAAAAGUGAUCUGAAAAGUC